CAUACUCUCUAUAUAAGACUUGGGAUGAAGUAGUACAGAAUACCCAACAAGCCAAUAUCACAACCCACCAAGAAGAGAAAAAAUGUUUGGUACAGUUUCGGAAGAGAUGGAAGUGAAAGUUUCAGCCACAGAAGCAUGGAAAGUCUACGGAACGCUUCAGCUGGCAAAGCUUGUUGACAAAGAGCUCACUGAUGUCGUUCACAAACUUGAGAUUAUACAUGGUGAUGGAGGCGUUGGCACAAUUCUCAAAGUAACAUUUCCACCAGGGACGCCUUUGUCUUCUUACAAGGAGAAGUUUACAAAGAUGGAUGAAGAGAAGCGACUGAAAGAAGCAGAGGUGAUUGAAGGAGGUUAUCUUGAUUUAGGGUUUACUCUGUAUAGAAGUCGGUUUGAAGUGAUAGAGAAAAGCAAGAAUUCGUGUAUAACCAAGGGCACAAUUGAGUAUGAAAUCAAGGAAGAGGCAGCUGCUAAUGCUUCAAUUGUUAGUAUCCAGACGAUGGUGAAAGCUAUGGAAAUUGCAGCCAAUUUUCUCACCAAAAACAAAAACUAAACUGUGAUAUGCAUCCACCUUCAAAAUUGUCAGUUUAUAAGUGUUAUAAAAUAA